AUGGACCCAGCGCUAGCCGCAAUUCUGGAGACUCGACCAGCGAUACGGCCGCCAAAGCCAUCCGACCCAUAUUAUGGGCGAAACGAUCAUUCGGCACUCCGACAGCACAGAGCAGCAAUGCUAAAAGAGAAAUGGCAUCUCCGUUAUCUUCCUGGCCCCAUACCAGAAGUUCGAGAGGAAGAUCGCCAAAUUCCUGUUCGUGAUGGUUCGGAAAUCACAAUUCGGGUUUAUCAACCCGUGACCAAAAACGAAGCUGGGCAUCCUCUAAUCGUAAUGUUCCAUGAGGGUGGUUGGGGAAUGGGAGAUCUAACUGAUGAGGAGGUGAAUUGUCGACUGUUCUCGCGAGAUCUGGAGGCUGUCUGCGUUAAUGUCGAGUAUCGACUUGCGCCAGAACAUCCCUUUCCAACAUGGAUCAAUGAUGCUUGGGAUGCUCUUCAGUGGUGUGCUCAGAACGCUUCAACUCUGGGAGCUGAUCCAUCAAAGGGUUUCGUCAUCGGUGGAGGCUCUGCCGGCGGAAAUAUUACUGCUGUCCUCGCCCAUCUUGCUCGCGAUGAACAAUUGUCACCUCCCCUUACUGGUCAGUACCUUGGAGUACCCGCUAUUAUGUGUUUCUUGCCACCGUCGCAUAUAGACAAUCAAUAUCGAUCCGAGUUCUUAUCACACCCUUUUAUCACCCCGAGUAAGGAUCCGGUUCUCAAUGUGGCUUUCGGACCUUCAGGCACGUAUCUUACCCCGAUUGUCAGGUCGAUAGUCGGCUUGCUACCUCUGAAACUUCUUGCGCGAGUAUUUGGAUUUGCUGGUAUGCAUGGUGAUAUGUCAAGCUCUUUGUUCGUGCCUUUUCUUUAUGGCAGGACGGAACGAGGACACAAAGACCUCCCUCCGGUCUACUUCCAAGUCUGUGGCUUGGAUCCCCUCCGCGACGAAGCGUUGAUAUACGAGAGGGUAUUGAGGGAAGAAUCUGGAGUCAAAACGAAGCUGGAUGUAUACAAAGGAUUAGGUCAUUACUUCUGGACGAAUUUCCCAGAGCUAGAGAUAAGCAGGACAUUCGUCGAGGACACUGUGAAGGGUGUGAGAUGGCUACUAGAAGAGCAAAAAUAG